CAAAAAUUUUAAAACAUCACUAAUCCGCGUCGGACAUUCUGGCACAGGCCAAGCAUUGGAUCAGCUUUUGCAGGAGGGGGGAAAAAAUCACUUCCUUCACGAUCUGUACCCCAGCGACGCUCUGGAAGGAAGGAGGAGCUGGCAAUGCUGCACGGAUAACGCUGUUCUGUAUCGCACAUCUGCAGCGGUUUCUACCCGGGUUUGUUGUCAAUAUUCCGGGAAAAGUCGCGGGAUUUGGCGCGUUGACAGCUGGAGCCUGGAGCGCCCUGCAGCCGUCAGUGUUGGAGCUGCUGUUCAAUGCCCAGUAGGAAGUGUCUGAGGCUACCCUGUGGAUGAUCCCGAACAUGCUUUCCACGAACCGUUGUGGAGGAGCGUGGGGGUGAAAAUGGAUGCAAUCAGUGCCCACACCCGAGGAACAGCUCCCAUGUUCCAGCAUGUCCGGCUGCAGCAAGUCUCCCGCAAACUCCGGAGAAGCUGCAGGUUCUAACUCUAUGGCAUGGGUGAAGAAAUUCAAAAAAACUGGAGGAGGUCUAAAGAAGUCCUACCAACCUGGGAGCAUGGUGUCCCUUGCACUAACUAAAGGUCUGCUAAAUGAGCCCGGCCAGAACAGCUGCUUUCUCAACAGCGCUGUUCAGGUACUUUGGCAGCUGGACAUUUUCAGGAGGAGUCUGAGGCAGCUCUCUGGUCACUUCUGUCUUGGAGAUGCCUGUAUUUUCUGUGCAUUAAAGAGUAUAUUUAACCAGUUCCAGCAGAGCAGAGAGCGAGUCCUGCCCUCUGACAGCCUGAGAAACGCUCUCGCUGAAACCUUCAAAAAUGAGCAGCGUUUCCAACUCGGCCUGAUGGACGACGCCGCUGAGUGCUUUGAGAACAUUCUGGAGCGAAUUCAUUUGCACAUAGUCUCUGACACAGCAACUGAUUCUUGCUCAUCCAAAUCCUGCAUCACUCAUCAGAAGUUUGCUAUGAUGCUUUAUGAGCAGUUUGUGUGCCGUUGUUGUGGCGCUUCUUCAGACCCACACCCCUUCACAGAGUUUGUUCAUUAUGUGUCGACUACGGCUUUAUGCCAACAAGUUGAUCGGACACUGGGGAAGAACGAGCGGCUCAGGUCGGACAUGUUUGGGGAACUGCUGCAGGCGGCAAACAGCACUGGUGACCUCCGAAGCUGCCCUAGUGACUGUGGUCAGAGCAUUAAGAUCCGUCGUGUUCUCAUGAACUGCCCAGAGAUUGUCACCAUCGGCUUUGUGUGGGACGCGGAGCAGUCUGACCUCACGGACGAUGUGAUCAGGUUUCUUGGUCCGCGUUUAAACUUGUGUGGGCUUUUCAACCGAGUCACGGAUGAAAAUGCCAAACGCAGCGAGCUACAUCUGGUGGGGAUGAUCUGUUUCUCCAGCAAGCAUUACUCAGCCUUUGCUUAUCACACCAAAUCUUCUAAAUGGAUGUUUUUUGAUGAUGCUACUGUAAAGGAGAUUGGAUCCAAAUGGAAGGAUGUCGCUUCAAAAUGCAUCAGGGGACAUUUCCAGCCACUUCUUUUGUUUUACACCAAUCCUGAGGGGAGUCCAGUUUCUAAUGAAGAUGCACCGAGACAAACCACCAUGUGCCCUCACUACAAAGCCCAGAUAAAUGGAGACGUGACCAUCAAACAUCCCUUUGGGAGUCCUCGCAAAUUUCAGGAUCCUUUUAUGGAGAAUUUACAAAGACCAAGUGAAAUGUCAAAGAAGGACAGAGGACAUCGACGAUCUGAGGCUUCACAACACAAAGAGACGACUCAUACGAGAUCUUCAUCUCCUCCAGAGAACGGGCCCAGGCCUCCUGUGGAGAAAAUAAAGAAUUACCUACGCUCGGAGAAGUCAUCAAAUCACUCCAGCAGAGCAUCUCAGGAUCCCCAUGGACAGUCCUGCAGCACACAGAGUGGGGGACACAUCAGAAAGGCCAACAUUUCCCCAGGACGUAAUGAGCAGGAGGGUAGCAACAAACACUGGGAGAAAGGAGGCAGCGGGAGCCAAAACAGGUCAAAGUCAACUUGGAGACCCAUCAGGGAGGUGUUGAAUGUAGACACAGUACUGAAUGAACUAGAGCAGCGGCGGCAGCAGCAGGACAGCAAGCCUUCUUCCCAGGAAAGAAGUCGCACAGAACCAGGCAGGGAGCGCGAACAUGCAAAAGCUAGAGAAGACCGUAAACAGAAGUGCUUAAUGACCAUUUAUGAGGACGAGCAGCGUCACGAGACGGAGAGCCACAGCUCAGUGGAGUCCGAGAGCAGAGCCAGCCAGCAGCGGGGAAGCAAGCUCAAAGGUGUCCCAAAAACUCUGCUGCGCAGCGACACCUGGACCAUUCAGAGGACAGAGUCCGGUUACGAGAGCAGCGAUCGGCUCAGCAGCGGCUCCACCAACCCUGACUCGCCUGGGGUUGAUGGCUUCGGCCUCAAACCAGAUCAGAGGUUAACACCUGAGGUCCUUUUACCAAGUCAGCUGCAUCAAAGAGAAGGCGUUGCAAAGUCAAGUAUAACAUCAUCUCUUUCCCACAACAGUAAACAUCAAACUAAACCUCAGGGGAACUCUGAUCAAGCUUCACACUCUCAACUAAAGUGCAGUCCGGGUUCAAGACAGAGAUCAAAAUACACGUCUAACACAUCUAGAAAAGCUAAGAGUUCAGCCGGAUCGGAGAGCAGGCAGAGCGAGCACCAGGAUCCCACUAACUGUAGAGGACACGGCAGGGAGAACAGCACCCCAAGGCACAUCACAAAGACCAGCAGCUCAGAGUGGAACAGCUCAGAUGAUCUUGUUCUCUCGGAGUCGGAGGACAGAGAAAGCACCUACCUGUCCAGUAACAGCGAGGCUGUCACCUCCGAUUCCCCAAGUCCCCACGUAGACCUGCCAUACCACCCGCCCUGCAGCGUGACAGCAGAAACUCAGCUCGGUGCAGCAGGGUCACCUUACCUUAGACCCAACCAGCAGGCUUCUCCGCUCCACGGCGAAACAAGCCAUGCAGCGUUUCGCCCCAGAAUGCUUCAGGAACCCUUUCCAACGAGCCCUCACACGCCCCAUUCAUCAUACGUCAGCCCCAAAAGGAGGCCUGACAUUUCCAGCCUCCGAACCUUCUCAGAUGCGAGCUCAAAGUCCGGGUCCGACCCAGAAAGGAGCACUCAGUCAUCAUGUGAGAGCGAGGAGAGAGUGCCGGGGAGCCGAGCUGACGAGGCAGCGCAGGCCCCAGAGGUUUCUCUGACCACAUACUUUAACGUCGACAACUGUAUGACGGAAACGUACCGCCUCAAGUACCACAACCAGAGGCCUCUGGUCCUCUCUGCCACAGUGCCAAGGACAGCUGCUGAGAGUGAGCGCAGAGAUAACAGCCACACACUUUCCAGUGAUGCACACUCACAUGAUGUGCCGAAAGGCCGACCAGAAACAAGCCAUAAUAGCAAUAAACCCACUGCAAAAUGGAAGCCAGUGACAGCCAAAGGACUGGAUGAGCGAGGUUUUUUAUGAGUGUUGACUUGGUAAGUUUUGUUUACAUGAAUGGACAGCACGACUGGAUGCCAAAGAGUUUACAGAAUGGAAAUAUAUUCAGAAGCCCCCCCCACCCGAUGUCUCCAGACUGGGUGGAACCUGUUUAUGCAAGCUUGUCUCAUAAAUACAACCUUCUUCUAAAUGCUGUUGAGUGUUUGUUUAACAGAUGAUCGACUUUUACAUAUAUCUCCCACUGUCCUGUUGUGUUGAAUUGAAAUUGGUUUGUUCUAUACUUUUUUUGGGACUUUUUUUUUUUGACACAUCAUGUCAGGUUUGUCUUGCUUUGUUUUAUUUAUGGAUGAGUUCUGCAGAAAGGUUAAAGAACAGGCAAAGCUCUAAUACAGUUAGAUAGAGCCAUGGCAGAUUUAGAUUUAAAUGUUUUUUUAUUUUAUAUAUAUAUAUUUUUUUUUUAACUUUUUGGUAAGGAACAAAAAAUCAUUUAAACCUGUCUGAAAAGGUAAAGGAAAGUUGAAAACGGUUUGAAAACAUCAAAUCUUUCGUAUAAUAGCUGACCCACUUUCUUCAUGUUUCCUCUGGUGUUUCGAUUCGGUUUCAUGUUCAGUACAGGACUCCACAUAAAUUAUUCAAAACUUUAAAAUUACUUAUUUAGAAAUAUUUUGUUGUUGAAAUGAAAAGGUUUCUUUAAAUCUGUUAAAUAUUAUGGAUUUCACUGUACAGGGGGAAUGCAUUUCUGAUAUCUGUUGAUUUUGUCUGUGUUGCUCACUUGGUAAUAAAUGAACAGCCUCUAAAUUAUAUGGUAAUCUGAAUUCAGCGAAGAAGAACUGAAUGUCAAACCAAAAUAAACAAAUUUAUAAACUGGUUUCUAAGCUGUUGAGGGAACUGAACGAUUGAUCCUCUGAUAAAUCAUAAUAAAUAAUAGGAAAAAAAAACAAACUUCACAUCUAUAUGUAAGUAGUUUGGUCACAAUGUUCGCCCAGGAAGUUUGGUCCUUCAGCCUUUUAAAUAAAUAAGAAAACUUAAUUUUCAAGAUAUCUUUGCUUUUAUCUGACAAGUCAGAGAUUCAGUUCCCUUCAGAAAGCUUUGGCAGGAUUUAGGUCUAGAGAAAACUGAGGCCACUUUCUACCUCCGUUUGAUUCAUCUUCAGCCACUUCCUUCUUACCACUGACGUGUGUUUCUGGAGCAGCCAUGUACUGAAGUAAAAUGGAUGGUUAUCCUGUUUGUCUUUUCUGGUGAUGAACUGGUGACUUAUCCAGCGUAUAACGUCUCACAAACACAGACCACUGGAGAAAGUCACCAGCUGCCACUGCACACUAUCUAGGGCUAAGUGGUUAAAAAUAAAAGUUCUGGGUAGACUUCUUUGAGAGAACACCUUUCAUCUUCUCUAAGUCUGCUAAUCUAAUGAUUCCCAUUGAUGGUCUCAUUCCGGCCUCUUGUAGAUCCUCUGCCUCGUCCCUUUAGUUAUUUGUUCUGUUCCUGGUGGAGAGGUUGGUUUGGAUUGACCUAAUUCAGGACUCACGUGUUUUUGCCAUACACGAAUGGCUGAGAUUAAUAUAUUCUAUAACCGAUGCUGUUAGGUGGAUCUAUAACAGAUAUGCCUAACAGAUCAGGCGGAUCUGUUAUAGAAUAGAAUAGAAUUCAACUUUAUUGUCAUUACACUGUCACAAGUACAAAGCAAUGAAAUCAACUCUCUGCAUUUAACCCAUUCUUUUGGGGAGCAUUGGGCUGCCAUUGUGUG